AUGAAAUUCAAAGUCACUAAACUUUUUAGAAGACUAACUAAUGACUUUAAAGUCUCUAAUCACUCUAAUGACACUCCAACUCCUCAGGAAGCAUCCUUGAUUCAAGAAGCUUCUUUAAUUAAAGAAACAUCCUUGAUUCAAGAAACACCUUUGACUCAAGAUGCAUCCUUGACUCAAGAUGCAUCCUUGACUCAAGAUGCAUCCUUGACUCAAGAUGCAUCCUUGAUUCAAGAUGCAUCCUUGAUUCAAGAUACAUCCUUAAUUCAAGAUGCAUCCUCGAUUCACGAUGCAUCCUUGAUCAUUACUCAACCGUCACCAAUCAUGCACCCACAUCUCAAUAGUGACAUUCUUGUUUAUUCUCUCGACUUACUUACUAAAAAUGGAGUAACAAUACCACGACUUUCUUCCAAAACAUUUGAUUAUGCCAUAUUUUUAAGAUCUAUCAAUCUUGAAUCAUUGGAAGAUGACAUUACUUCUUGGGUCUUCGCUUAUACUGAUGAACAGAAAAUAAUUCCUCUUAUUGGUCAUGAACUAUUUAAAGAGUUUUUUACAAAAUCUUGUUGCUUUUUUGAACUUGUCUUAAAAUCCGGAAACCUUCUUUCUUAUCCUUUUUUAAAAGUAAUUAAUCAAAUGCCUGAAGCCCAUGCAUGUCUUUCCACUCUGAAAUCUUUUACUUGUAGUCAAGAACUAGAUAUGUUCGUUGAUCUCACCAUAGCAUUGAAUCCUCCAAAUAUUUCUACCCAUAAGAGUAAUGAAAUCAACAAAAUUUUGAUUUAUUAUAAUAACAAUGCGAUACCAGCUUUGGCUUUACCGAUGGCGGAUCUAAUUAAGAUGCAAAGAAAUUUAUCUGAUGUUACCAUUUCGAAUACAAUUAAUACUAUUAAUACAAUUAAUACAAUUUCUCCUAGUAAUGAUGUCCAUGAACUUAAUUGGAAACAUACUAUUCCAAAUGCGAUUACAAAGAAAGCAAAUAAUCUUACUAGAUUAUGUAUAAUUAAAUCUUACUUUCUUUUAGAAAAUUUAUCUCCUUUUGUCAACCUUGAACACUUGAUACUUGAAGAUUUUGGAGAUUAUUCUCAAAAAUUCUCUGCAAUGUCUUCUCUCUCAUUUCCUUAUCUACAAACUUUUUAUUUUUCAAGCUCAAAAGCUCUUGUAAAUUUAUGGAAUGCCCGAG